GCCCUUGGGGCUUAUCUAUUGAUACCACGACGAGGCCAGCGACCAGUGCUCUUGGUCCUUGGAGAUUCAUGGUGGCCGCUCGCAUGACGCCUUCUUCUUCCUCCUCUUUCGCUUGGCCGCGGUCCUUCCUGUUUCACUACCCUCAGACGCAUGAGCCUUCAUCUAGGAACUUUCCGUUGGCCUCUUCUUUGAAGAGGCUCUCGCUCGACGUAAGGAAUAGCCGAAGACUGGUGACUGCCGGAGCCAAGAAGAAGAAGAACAAGAUCGAUUCCCAUAGCUUCUACGCGAGUCCAGAAGAGGCCACCGGGCCCUUCCCUGAGGCUGUUCUGCUUAAAAAGAAAACUGUUACUGAGGAUGGCAGAGUUUUGCCUGAAUUUGCUGAUGUCGAAGAAGAAAAACUUUACGAGUUUUUGAGUCUUCAGCUAGAGAGCGACUUAAAUCUUGAAAGAAUGCGUCACUAUGAAGUGGUGUAUCUUAUCCAUGAAGACCAUGCUGAUGAGGUCGACAAUGUCAUUUCCAAAGUUCAAGAAUUUGUCAGGGAGAAGAAAGGCAGGAUUUGGAGACUGAAUAACUGGGGUCUUCGCCAACUCGCAUACAAAAUAAAGAAAGCAACGCAUGCCAAUUAUGUUCUAAUGAACUUCGAGAUUGAUGCAAAGUUCGUCAACGACUUCAAGAGCAUGCUGGAUAAGGACGAGAGGAUCAUUCGGCAUCUCGUUAUGAAACGCGAUGAAGCUGUCACAGAAGACUGCCCGCCCCCUCUGGAGUACCACACAUUGCGCUCACAGCAGGAAGAAGCCGAUGAUGAAGACGACGAUCUGGACAGUGAAGAUGACGAUUGGGACGACGACAUGGAGUUGGAAAUGGCUGGACAAGAUGACUUCGAUGUUGAAGCUGAUGACAACAUUAUAAUCAUCAACUCUGACGACAAGGAAGACGAUACAGAUGAUAGCGCUGGCACAAAGACAAUGUUGAAGACCAGUAAGGCAAUGAGGUAGCCUACUAAGCUUGCUAUAAUGCUUUACUCUGCUUAAUGGCUUCCACCUUUUGGGUAGUUUUGUAAUACCUGAAUUGUUUGAAUUGAUACGUAGAACAUUAAUGUAUUAUCUUCAGAGCUGCUUAAAAAUAUUUUUGUGGAGAACUCUCAUUUGUGAUGAGAUUUCUUU